CACCCCCGCGGGCGCGGCUACUCCGUAACGUCAGUAACGUGCAUCGCGGAGCAACGUGUUUUGCACCGAGUGGUACAUAAAAAUAACUUCACGAGAAAGAUAUUAAUUGUUGUUGAUUUUUCUUCUAUUCGCCUCAAUUUAAAACGAUGGCGGAAAACGAAAACCUUCUAUACAGAUUCAUGAACUCCUUAUUCUACGUGCUGGACGCGCCGGUCACCUACGUUCGAGAGAAAUUCGUGGUGCCGAAUCAGAAGAAAUAUCCGUGGUACCAUCAGCACUAUCGUCGCGUGCCGACGGUCGACGAGUGUUACACGGACGACGUGGUCUGUUACACCGAGGCAAAUUUGCAAUUCUUACGCGACAAAUCAGUGGAAGACGAAAUUUUGAUGAUUCUGAGAAGUCGAUUCGAACACUGCGCCUUCUAUCACGGCGAGGAUGAUGCACACUUAUGUGACCCUUUGAAACAAGCUUACGACGACGCGGCUGUCAAUUGGUUCAUAAAAUACGGUGAGAUGGGAGUGGGUUUGAACGCGAAACGCGCAUACAUGAAGCAGAAGCACCGCAUGAUCUGGGAGCGUCGUCACGGGGAGGUCGGCACCGGCAUGAAGCCACAAGCGACCAAGGCGGCGGCGUCGUAGCGGACACGCGCCGGCAUCGUAGACGACAAUUUUAAUGGCAAACGCAUUCGCAUUAUCACGGGUCUGAAUCGUAGGUUUGCUGCUUAACUGUGUACAGAAUAUGUUGUGAUUUAAAGACGGCGGGAUAUGUAAUAAAAAGUAAUUUAUCAGAA